UCCAGCUCACUCUCCAUUCAGCUGCAGCUCACAGCACAUGCUGGAGCACUGCCAACAGAUUGCUCAGCAUUUAACAAGGACCAGCCGAGAGAGAGAGAGAGAGAGAGAGAGAGAGAGAGAAAGUGGGGUAUUCCAUUUCUUCUCACUUUAGUUAGAUCUUACUCUCAAACCUGAGACUCAAGCCAAAUACGGACAGACACACCACGCACAGCCGGCAUGUCAGUGCGGAGGAUUCUCCAGGUCGUUUGCCUGGUGGGCUCAGUGAGCGUGGUGGUGCUCCUGCCUCCAAAUUAUGAGGAUGAAAUUGAGGUGAACUACUCAGAAUACUACAAUGAGAUCGGCGAUGGAGACCAGAGUAAUGUGGAGGCCCCCACCACCAAUCCGCCCCCUCCCUGCUCUGCCCCAGAGUUCAGCAAGUGGGACAAGCUCUUCACCAUGCUGGAGAACUCACAGAUGAAGGAGAACAUGCUGCUGCAGUACUCAGACGACCUGAUGAAGGUGGAGCUGCGCUCUCUGCGAGGGGAGGUGCUGCAGUUCGUGGCGCAGUAUGGCGGCUCAUGCGCAGCGGCCGUGGAGAGCGCUGCCCGCAGGGCCGGGUCGCAGGCUGACCUCCGGCUGCAUCAAGCCCUGGAGCAGCUGAAGGGGGCAGCCACAGAGCAGCAGGAACAUCAGGAAGAGGUGCUGCGGCGGAUCCAGGAGGCUGUCCAGGAGCAGGCUGCGGGCCUGGAAAGGCUGGAGAGCAGCUGCCUUAACAGCGCAGGAACAUGGACGAUGCAUGGAAAAGAGAUGACCGGACGGGCCAAGAGCUUCCAGACCAGGCAUGCCACCCCAGACGGGGGAGAGAUGGAAAACGGAGCACAGCUGAACCAGGGUGCACAGGACAUCUCGGCUGAGCUGCAGAGUCUACGGGAGCAGCUGGAGCUGUAUGUGAGGGCCACGUCUAGCCGCGUGCUGCCCGCAGGCUGCGACAUGGCUCUCUUCUACCCUAUGCGCUCUCCGAAGAUCCACGCUGAGAUCAUCCCCCAGCGGUCCAUGCAGACCCAUGCCUUCACAGUAUGCCUGUGGGCCAAACCUACACAAGUGCUCAACAAGACGGUGCUCUUCUCCUAUGGCACUACCGGCAACCCACUGGAGCUGCAACUGCUGCUGAAUGGCCAAAGUGCCCUCUUUACUGUCGGUGGGGAAGCCCACCUUGUGGAGGCCCGGGGGGCGAUGAAGGAGGGUCACUGGACACACCUCUGUGGAACCUGGAGCUCGGAGCAAGGCCUUGCCUCCCUCUGGGUGCACAGCCAGAAGGCUGCAACUUCUCCCGGUGUGGCUGAGGGCCACGAGCUGCCCGAAGGAGGGACCAUAAUCCUGGGCCAGGAAUACCCUGUCGAUGGCCUCGCAAAGAGAUUCGGCUUUCAGGACACAUUCAACACGGAAGCAGCUUUCACCGGGAAGAUAACUGGGGUUAAUGUGUGGGACCGCAUCCUGGGAGAAGACGAGAUAUACCAGCAGGCAAGGGUGGAUGGGAGAAGCUGCGGCAACCGUGGUAACCUGGUUGCAUGGGGUGUGUCUGAGAUUGUGAUGAAAGGGGGCGUCGAAUUGAUCUACUAACUGACUGUGCUGUUCAACCCCGCCCCCCCCACGCCCCCCACAACCCCCAAUUCCGGUAAUCUAGUUCUUCCCAAUCCCGUUUGUGGAGUACCCCUGCCCUGGUGGUUUUUCUGAUCACAAACCAACUAGUCAACUAAUUACCAAGCCUUCCUGGGUUGAAGUGGAGGUAUUAGAGCAGGGAAAGGCUAAAAUUUCUAGGGAAGGGUUACUCUAGAUCCAGGAUUGCUAUUUUCCAAGCAUUCUCCUUGCAAGAAAGCAUUCAUCAACGGCCCGUUAUACUACAACUACUUAGCAACAAGACUCUACUCCAUUUAGAUGAAUGUCUGCUCUCUUGGGGAGUCUAUUUGAGUUUUCCGAGGAAUUACACAGGAACGCUGAUGAAACCACAAGUACCAAAAAGCAAAGCAAGGAAAGAGAGGAUGGAACAAUAUAUUUUUGCAACAAGGUGGAGUGUGUUUGAGUGAGUCAAGGUGGUGCCAUAAGAGGGACAUUAUUCUUUAAAAGACAUUUUGUUAAAAUUUCAACCCCUACUUGUCCAUGCUGUGUUCUUCCGACUUAUUAUAUUUAUCAAAAUGUUUACAUUCAGAUCUGGCAAAAUUAAUGUUGUGUAAUCUUUUCGUCCUUUUGUGUCAUUUUUUUUCCUUUGUCAUAUAUUUAGUGGGUUUUUUUUGUCCUUAAGUACUAUGCAAAUGAAUAAUGCAUUGUUUUUCUUUUUAUCUUAACAAAGAACGUUGCUACAUUUUGAUAACGGAAUUGUGUGAAAUGUUUACAAAGUCCCUGGGGAGUUUACCUGUUUCUGCUAAUGUGACAUGUACCAUACUGUAAAUUGUUUUUUUUUUUUAAUGCUAAGAAGUUCAAAUGAACAUAUAUUGUAUAUAGAUCUUUGCUGUCUAUUACUGAAGGUCUGAAAAGGUGGACUUUAAUAAAGAAAACUGUUAUAUAUAGAA